AUGAGUAUAAGCCCAUUACUGGGAAGUAUGGCUGGACUAGUCCACUCACGACUCGAGUUUGCGGCCCACAGGUCAGCAGGGUCCAGCGAAGACCUGAUAGAAAAUAAAAACCUUGACAACCAUGGAAUUGAGCCUGAUAAAAGGGUUAAUAGUCCCUAUGCAAACUUCAGUUGGGCUGACUCGCCUGACAACGAUAAUGAGUUAGGAGACGUACCUGAAUUUCCUGUGCUACGACCUAACGUCGCAGACCCAUCGGCCCACUCCACUCCGAGAAUCCCCUUCGAUGACAAGGGCAAAAUGAUUGACCCCUCUGAGCGCGGUACUAAAGAAACGAUCCGUUCUCCAGAGGGAUGGCUAGGAACCUGGACGCGACAGGACGAGGAGAUAGCCGUAGUUAGUAAACCCGGACCUGAUGACUCUGACGAAUCAUUAGCCAGAAUUUGGGACGAUGACAACCGUCGCCUCUCACUUCAAAUGCAAAACCUGUUCCUAAGACGCUCGCGUAAGGACGCGAAGAUUGAGCUUGAUGAGAAUACGCACCUCAUUGAUACCCUUCAAGAGCGAGUGAGGGAGCUUGAAACAUUAAUAAUCCAGAGCCAGACCCGCGAAGCAGAGACCCGUAAGCUAGUAGACGAAGCACGCCGAGCUCCCGUUGUAAGCAGGCAGGCACCAGUAGGCAUUUAUCCCCCUGCGAGGAGCAUAAACGUCAGUACGGUAACGAAGCCCAAGGAAUCCUUACCUUCAACAUCUCUUAACUCCCAAAAGGGACAUCGAGAAAUGCCAGACACUCGAUACCAACGAGCGUCGUCGGUAUUGCCUUCUUCCAGCUCGGUAAAGAAAGCAAUGCUGGGAACCACUAGAAGUGGCUCGGACCCAAGUGAAUCCUCAUCUGACUCGUCAAGUGAUGAUGGGCAGUCCUCCACCGAGUCGGACUCGAGUGAACGAGAGACCCCAGAGCGCUGGGGGAGUUUGAAAGGUGAAAGAAGGAACCCUGCCCAGAAAAGAAACCAUGUCAGCUGGGAAACCAAAACUUCGGUAGCACCUACCAAUGACUUUGGGAUUGAUUUCAUUGGCACUAGAGCCUGA